AUGCCGAGGUACAACUUCUUACUGUGCUUGAUGGUGCUCAUCUCCCUGGGACAGUCGGGGAGCGAUGAGCCCAAUCUGCUGCUGCCUCCUGCCAGCGAGACGCCCACGGACGCCGGGCUGUCUCUGCUGGACGAGGACGCCGGUGCUCACGAGUGCUCCGCCUGUGUUUGGAGGGAGCAGAGCAAAGUGCUGAGGCUGGAGACCAUCAAGUCCCAGAUCCUGAGCAAACUGCGUCUGAAGCAGGCGCCCAACAUCAGCCGGGAGGUGGUCAAUCAGCUGCUGCCCAAGGCGCCUCCGCUCCAGCAGCUCCUGGACCAUCACGACUUCCAGGGAGACGCGUCGUCCCAGGAUGAAUUUAUGGAGGAGGAUGAGUACCACGCCACCACGGAGUCCGUGAUCACCAUGGCCUCUGAGCCGGAGCCGCUGGUGCAGGUGAAUGGGAAGCCGAGCUGCUGCUUCUUCAAGUUUAGCCCCAAACUGAUGUUCACCAAGGUGCUGAAGGCCCAGCUGUGGGUUUACCUGCGACCGCUGCAGCAGACCUCCACCGUCUACCUGCAGAUCCUCCGACUGAAGCCCGUCACGGAGCAGGGCAGCCGCCACAUCCGCAUCCGCUCCCUGAAGAUAGAGCUCAACUCCAGGGUGGGCCACUGGCAAAGCAUUGACUUUAAGCACGUGUUGCAGAACUGGUUCAAACAGCCACACACCAACUGGGGAAUCGACAUCAACGCCUUCGAUGAGAGCGGCAAUGACCUGGCAGUUACCUCGCUGCGACCAGGGGAGGAGGGGCUGCAGCCGUUCCUGGAAGUGAAGGUUCUUGAGACGACCAAACGUUCUCGGAGAAACCUCGGCCUGGACUGCGACGAACACUCCACUGAGUCUCGCUGUUGUCGCUACCCUCUGACUGUGGAUUUCGAGGCGUUUGGCUGGGACUGGAUCAUUGCUCCCAAACGCUAUAAAGCCAACUACUGCUCUGGCCAGUGCGAGUACAUGUUCAUGCAGAAAUACCCACACACCCACCUGGUGCAGCAUGCCAACCCCCGAGGCUCCGCAGGGCCCUGCUGUACCCCGACCAAGAUGUCCCCCAUUAACAUGCUCUACUUCAAUGACAAGCAGCAGAUUAUCCACGGCAAGAUCCCAGGGAUGGUGGUGGAUAGAUGUGGCUGCUCUUAGGCUGCAGGGGGAGACGCACACUUGUGUAUAGCCACCAUUGCAUCGAACCACCCAAAACCCUUAUGGAGCUCUCCCCUGGCACCAGAUCCCACUACUCAGCACCCGAUUUCACUUUUGCUCAGCCACAAAAACUUCCCACUGGGUUUCCAUUUUUCCAGUAAUUGAAUUGAUUCUAACUGUAAAAAAAAAAAAAAAAAAGUUAUAAAUGAAAUAGGAAUCAAAAAAGGGACUGAGUGAUGGAAAAUAUAAUACCUUAUGAAUGGGUUUAAGAGGUUGUACUUGUGGAGCAGCUUCAGAAAAUGGUAAAUGAGACAAAACUAUGUUAUAGAGUACAUGUUAGUUUUGUGGGUUUUUUAAGAUUUUUUUUGUUUGUUUUUUUGUUUGUUUGUUUGGGGUUUUUGUUGUUGUUGUUGUUUGUUUGUUUUAAUGGCAUCUUUGUGAAAUGUCCGGGUUAAUGGAUUGAGAUGACAGGAGACAUAAGCAUUUACAAUAUUUUUAAAGCAAUUUCAGUCCCAAGGCGAGUUUGGAAAUACUUAAUUUCACAGAUACGCUUACUGGUGAGAUUUGAUCCACAAAAAUGUUUGCAAGGUGGCAUGAUCAGAAUUAUUUUGCAAUUCAUCACUUUAACAGAAAGAUCAAAACCCAUGCUAAGGUGAGGAGAGUUUACCAUUAGAAAUACUCUUAGUAUAAAUCCAAAAUCUUGUUUACAGUUGUUUAGAGAUGUGCUCUAGAGAUGUAAAGUGUUGAGGAGAUCCAAAACCAAACCUAUACCCUCUAUUAAUGUAUAACACCCUAGUGUGACAUUCUCGAGUAUCUACGAAACCUUUUCACAGUUACUUUGAUCUUUUUUUAUUUGUAGUCUUGUAAAACUCAAAAAGGAAAAGGGAGAGAAAAGGUUAUAGUAUAUUAACUUUAUCUUUCAAAGUCGGUAUAGCUGUUUCUGCCACUCCACAAAAGUAGAUAAUAGAUUUAGGUUUGACUUGCACACUAAAGUCUGAAACACAGCUGUAAUGUAGAUGCACUCUGAAGUCAUUCGGCGCCGUCUGGGAAAGGGAGGAAGAGGAGGAGGAGGAGGAGGGCAAGUCCUGCAGGAUGACAAGAACCUGAUAGUUUCUCUUUCUUCUGUGUAACAAAGGAAAAUACACUUGAACACCUUCAAUUUUUGCAUUAAAUGUUUAAAACAGAGAAGUAAAUGCACUGUUUCAUAACUUGAAGAGGCCUGGGACUGAGCAUGUAAUACAAACACACAGCAAAAUCCAUAACCUGAAAUAAAACACACAAGGGUGUCAGCGUGCUCAGAUGUUCACUCUGUAGUAACCUGAGUGAAUUACUGAGCGUUGAGUAUCAAAAAAAACAUCAUUACAGUAUUAUAACUAGAAGUUUACACACUCAUACUUAAAGCAGUGUUCACAGCUGUGUUAAAAAUACACUGUCAAGCCAGUUCAUUCACUUUUUCUCAAUGCUAGUUUCAGAAAAAAUAAAAUGCAAAAUCCUUUAAUUGCAGUACUGUACUAUUAAAUAAUAGCUUUUAUAAAUCACAACAAACCACAUAACCUGAAAAAAAAAUAAAGAGAAUGUAAUUCAACCGCUGACUUAAGUUUAGAGAACAAAUUUGCAUUGUGAAAUGCCCCCACUCCACUUCAACCUCAGUUGUAUCAUCCUCAUCAUCAUCAUCAUCAUCAUCAUCAUCAUCAUCAUCAUCAUUAUCAUCAUUAUGGAGAAACUAUUGUUAGUGCUUGAACACAGAGUAGAUUAGUAUGCUUGAAGUCUGUCUUUGUCUCUUGGAUGUCAAAGCAAAGAUAUCCUUUUGUUGUAAACGAAAGCACUAUGCUGUUGGAUAAAGGAAGAGCCUUCUGACAUUAUAUAUAAAUGAUAUAUGUAUAUAUUAAAAAAGGGGUACAAAAACCUUUUUUGGGGCACUCUACCUUACCAACAAUAAAUUUUGCACUAUGGGACGUUCAUGGCGUGAGGAGGUAAAGUGUUGUUUGUGUUUUACCAAGCACAAGAGAGCUUGUACAGUAUAGGAUUAAAAAAAAGAAACUAUUCAAGCUUCUGGUGAUAAACCAUAAACUAGAAAGGUUAUCACUUCUUUUUGAUACCAUCACGCUUUCCUGACUUUUGUCUGAAGCGGGGGCCUGUCCAUACACUCACACACUUCUAUCCAAUCUGGAACCUGGAUGUACUGAACCAGCGGCCUGAAAGGCCUCCUUGCCCGCUUUGGGUGAUAGCUCAUGUGUGUAGUAAGUGUCUGGAUCAAUGAACAUAGAAUGCUUUAACUGGAAAUGGCCCGCCCACCAACUUUAAUCUGUUACCAUGUUAGAGAGACAACGUUCUUUUGACUCAAACAAUGUUUCGACUGUCUUGCAUAGACAUGUUUUUGCCUUUGUGUGUGAGGAACCCAUGUAAGAAUGGGAAGAGUAUCCAGGGAUUGUUAGCCAAAGUAGAGGAUGACAUGUUGUGUGCUGUAACUUUUGUGAUCGCAGGAAUAUGCUAGAACAUUUCAAAGGGAGAAAAAAGCUGGUUUAGGGGCAGUGGUUGGAAAUAAUUCAACUGGUCAAUUGUCUAUUUAUUAAUAUUAAUUACAAUGCAUUUCAAAGUCUGUCUACCUCACUUUAGCCUUCUAAAAACCUUGCUUUUUUUAAUUUGUCAUCG